GCCUUACGCUGCGCCAGGCGGGCGGCGGGCGGCGGCGGCGGGACGGACUCGGGUGGCCUGGGGCUCGGACUUGGGGUCGGGAGAGGCGGGAACCUGCGGGCGCUGGGCCGGGCGACCCGAGGUGGUCGCGUGGCGGGCGGGCAGGGCGCGGGCGGUCGGGUGUCGGCCCGGGUCCGGCCGCCGCUGGCCCGGCCUGGGUCCCGGGCGCCCGGCCCCGCCAGCUCCCUCCGCGGCCGCCAUGUGGUGCCUGCACUGCAACUCGGAGCGGACGCAGUCCCUGCUGGAGCUGGAGCUUGACAGCGGUGUCGAGGGCGAGGCCCCCAGCAGCGAGACUGGCACGUCGCUGGACAGCCCCUCCGCCUACCACCAGGGCCCCUCGGCGCCCGGUGCCGGCCUGGGCCCGGACCACUCCGAGCACGCGCCAGGGGGCGCCUAUGGGCUGUACGCGGGGCCGCCCGGGCAGCAGCGCACGCGGAGGCCCAAGCUGCAGCACUCGACCUCCAUCCUGCGCAAGCAGGCCGAGGAGGAAGCUAUCAAGCGCUCACGGUCCCUCUCCGAGAGCUAUGAGCUCUCCUCCGACCUGCAGGACAAGCAGGUGGAGAUGCUAGAACGGAAGUAUGGGGGCCGCCUCGUGACCCGCCAUGCAGCCCGCACCAUCCAGACAGCCUUCCGCCAAUACCAGAUGAACAAGAACUUUGAGCGGCUGCGCAGCUCCAUGUCCGAGAACCGCAUGUCGCGCCGCAUCGUGCUGUCCAACAUGAGGAUGCAGUUCUCCUUCGAGGGGCCCGAGAAGGUGCACAGCUCCUACUUCGAGGGCAAGCAGGUCUCAUUGACCGACAAGGGUGCCCCGCUGGAGGCCCUGGUGCCGGCCGAGUGCGGAGACCUGGGCCCGCCGCCUGCCCUCCAGGCCCCUGCCCCGGCCGGCGACUUCGCGGAUGCCAUCACAGAGCUGGAGGACGCCUUCUCACGGCAGGUGAAGUCUCUGGCCGAGUCCAUUGACGACGCGCUCAACUGCCGCAGCCUGCACACCGAGGGGGCCCCCGUGCCCGAUGCGGGGCGGACCCGGGACGCCGAGCCCUCGCCGGCCCUGCACGGCUCCGAGCACCGCCAGCUGGACGAGAUGACCGCCUCGUACAGCGACGUCACCCUGUACAUCGACGAGGAGGAGCUGUCGCCACCCCUGCCCCCGAUGCAGGCGGGCCGCCGGCCGUCCAGCGCCGAGUCGGACCUGCGGCUGCGGCCCGGGAGUGUUGCCCAGGACUACUGGGCCCUGGCCCACAAGGACGACAAGGGGGACACGGACACCAGCUGCCGGAGCACGCCCUCGCUGGGGCCACAGGAGCCGCGGCUGCGCGGGGAGCACCUCCCACUGCUCACCAUCGAACCGCCCAGCGACAGCUCCGUGGACCUCAGCGACCGCUCGGACCGCAGCUCGCUUAAGAGGCAGAGUGCCUACGAGCGCGGCCUGGGCGGGCCGCAGGGCAGCCCCAAGCACGGCCCCCAUGGGCCCCUCAGGGGCCUCCCCCGGGAGGAGCCGGAGCCGCGGGCCCGGGCGCUCAGGCCCCUGGAUGGCCACCUGGCCAUCAACGGCUCGGCCAACAGGCAGAGCAAGUCCGAGUCGGACUACUCGGAUGGGGACAACGACAGCCUGAACAGCACAUCCAACUCCAAUGACACCAUCAACUGCAGCUCCGAGUCUUCGUCCCGCGACAGCCUGCGCGAGCAGACGCUCAGCAAGCAGACCUACCACAAGGAGACCCGCAACAGCUGGGACUCGCCCACCUUCAGCAACGACAUCAUCCGCCGGCGGCACUACCGCAUCGGCCUCAACCUCUUCAACAAGAAGCCCGAGAAGGGCAUCCAGUACCUCAUCGAGCGCGGCUUCGUGCCCGACACGCCGGUGGGGGUGGCCCACUUCCUGCUGCAGCGCAAGGGCCUGAGCCGGCAGAUGAUCGGGGAGUUCCUGGGCAACCGGCAGAAGCAAUUCAACCGCGACGUGCUCGACUGCGUGGUGGACGAGAUGGACUUCUCCGCCAUGGAGCUGGACGAGGCCCUCCGGAAGUUCCAGGCGCACAUCCGGGUCCAGGGGGAGGCCCAGAAGGUGGAGCGGCUGAUCGAGGCCUUCAGCCAGCGGUACUGCAUCUGCAACCCCGGGGUGGUGCGGCAGUUCCGGAACCCAGACACCAUCUUCAUCCUGGCCUUCGCCAUCAUCCUGCUCAACACCGACAUGUACAGCCCCAAUGUCAAGCCUGAGCGCAAGAUGAAGCUGGAGGACUUCGUCAAGAACCUCCGAGGCGUGGACGACGGGGAGGACAUCCCCCGGGAGAUGCUGAUCGGGAUCUACGAGCGGAUCCGGAAGCGGGAGCUGAAGACCAACGAGGACCACGUGUCGCAGGUGCAGAAGGUGGAGAAGCUCAUCGUGGGGAAGAAGCCGAUUGGAUCCUUGCACCACGGGCUUGGCUGUGUGCUGUCGCUGCCGCACCGGCGCCUGGUCUGCUACUGCCGGCUCUUCGAGGUUCCAGACCCAAACAAGCCCCAGAAGCUUGGGCUGCACCAGCGGGAAAUCUUCCUGUUCAAUGACCUCCUGGUGGUCACCAAGAUCUUCCAGAAGAAGAAGAACUCGGUGACGUACAGCUUCCGACAGUCCUUCUCCUUGUACGGCAUGCAGGUCUUACUCUUCGAGAACCAGUAUUACCCCAACGGCAUCCGGCUCACGUCCGCCGUCCCCGGAGCUGACAUCAAAGUGCUAAUAAACUUUAACGCGCCCAAUCCUCAAGACCGGAAGAAAUUCACUGAUGACCUGCGGGAGUCCAUCGCGGAGGUGCAGGAGAUGGAGAAGCACAGGAUAGAGACGGAGCUCGAGAAGCAGAAGGGCGUCGUGCGGCCCAGCAUGUCCCAGUGCUCCAGCCUCAAAAAGGAGCCGGGCGGCGGGACACUGAGCCGGGCCUGCCUGGAUGACAGCUACGCCAGCGGCGAGGGCCUCAAGCGCAGCGCCCUCAGCAGCUCCCUGCGCGACCUCUCAGAAGCGGGGAAGCGAGGGCGUCGCAGCAGUGCGGGAUCGCUAGAGAGCAAUGUGGAAGGGUCCAUCAUUAGCAGUCCUCACAUGCGCCGGAGAGCUACAUCAACACGAGACUGUCCAUCUCGCCCACACCAGGCCAUGCCCAACUCCUCCUCCCUCCUGGGCUCCUUAUUUGGGAGUAAGAGAGGGAAGCCCCCUCCCCAGGCCCACUUGCCCCCAGCCCCUCCCCAGCCGCCCCCCCACCUGCCUCAUCCCUCGCCCGGCCACCCCCAGGGGCCCACGGAGGGCCCCUUGCAGGCCCCAGUGCAUGGGCACCACGGCCAGUACUGCCCCCUCCAGCAGAACCCGCCCCCCUACCAUCACCAUCACCACUACCACCCACCCCCGCACAUCCAGCACGCACACCAGUACCACCACGGCCCCCAUGGGGGACAGCCCGCCUACGGGGCCCACGCGCACAGCCACCCGCCGCUGCCCUCGGCUCACGCCGGCCACCCGGGCCACCUGGGCCACGCCGUGCACCACCACGGGCAGCCCCCUGCCCCGCCGCCCCUCCCCAGCAGCAAGGCCAAACCCAGCGGUAUCAGCACAAUUGUGUAGACAGCCUGGGUGGGGAUCCCGGGCCCCUCAGAACAAGUGCACACCACACAGGCGCGCCCAGGGGCGGCAGCCCCAGACCAGACCCAGGGCACUUUCUGUUUCCCCCUCCCCGUCUGCUCCCGGCCCGGAUGGAGCCCCCCAAGCCCCGGGGCUUGUGUCACAGGGAACAAACCACCCCCCACCACCAGUUUCAUUUAGCGGUGGCGCCCGGGGCUCCAUCCACCUCAGCCCGGGACGUGGGCCUCGGCCACCAUCAGCCCUGAAACAGUGCCGCCGGCCAAGUACAUGUUGAGCUCCCCACCCUGACCCCCAACCUGCAGCCCUCACCUCUCUGCUCCCUCACUAUACACGCAGAUGAGAACCCAGCCUAGGAAAAGAAGAGACGACACAAAAAACCAGAGACAGAACCAAACAAAAAACCCAAAACUUGCUGCAUUAUUGCUCUUUUAUUGACAAUGGGCAAAAAUUAAGUAGACCUGAUAUGGUUGAUGAAAAUACGUAAGUAAACUUUAUAUAAUAUAAAUAUAUAAAUAUAUAAAUAUAUAUAUAUAUAUACUGUAUAGGUAGUAUUUGUGUGUGAAAGGCAAACGUUUCAGUCCACGAAAUUAGCAAUAUAGACUUUACAAGGAGCUCCACUUACCUGAUAGGAAGACAGUACCUUAGACAAACGUGUGAGAGGGUAGACCAAAAACUUAAAUGCUAGGGACAAAAUUCAUAUUCUUCCGUAUUUUCAUAAAAAGAAGAGAAGCCCCCCUAGGACUGGCGGAAAUCUUUACACAAUCAUUACUAACUGUGCCAAGUAACAUAGCAUCUAACUGUUUUAAAAGUCCGAUAUUGCUUUGUAUAAAUCCUUAUUUUAUUAACAGAAGACUAUCAUAAGUAAUCAGUAUUAUAACUGCUCUGUUACUUCAGGUAAGCAAAUAGAUAAAAUGCAGUAAACGCUACAGUAGCAACUUGAGACAGCUAGUUAAGGACUGGUUGCCUUGGACUAUUGGUUACAGAUUCUUAGACACUUUAAUGGCUGCAAUAACUGUGAAUUUCCAUGAUCCACGUUUCUUUUGUAUGCAUUUGAUUGAAUGCACACUCACUCAGAGCCCUCUGCGGGGGGCCCCAUACACAGCAGAGGUAUUCAUCUCCAACCUGAAAACGGCCAACUCAUCCUGUGUCCCCAGCAUCAUACCUCCCUCAUCCUGUUUCCAACCGCAGCAGGCAGACGCCCCGUAACCCGAAGGCUUCUCUUAGCGUUUAGCAGCCCAGGGCGGUGUGUGUGUUCCCCGUUUUGUUUUCUGAGUGGUGGCCGUGAUCAUCGUGAUUCCAUGUGGCCGUGUGCUAGCACGACCCCCGUGUCAUCGCCGUGGCCCAUCUGACCCCAGCCGACGAGUGCCCGGCCCCGCCAGUGCGGCCCCGCCCCCUCCUCACGGUCAGGCGGCUGCCGGGGCGUCACGUGACUCUCCGCUGUGCUCUUGUCGCUUCCAUGUUGUGGUGACACCAUCCGCUCCCCCGGGGCCGGCGCUGCACGCGCCUGGUUCUGUGUCUGAGUCACCCACGGGCCGUACUUUGUAGUUUCAGCCCUUCGAGCCACUGCAGCCGCCAGUGCUGUGCUCCUAAGCCGUGGACCCGAGGAUCGCCCCCGGCACCUGCCGGGCAGGGAGCUCUUCCAGAAAGGGCGAAGCUGGCGCGGGACUCCGCGGGCGCGGGGCUCUGGACAGGCGGCAGCGGGACGACGGAGGGGGGCCCACGCUGGCGGCGGCCGGGGCUCUGCCCGCCCACCGCCCCCUUUGUCGCAUCAUCCAGGUCACCAAACCAGCAAAUCUGCAAACCGAGCACUUUGUUAAUCUCCGCAGAGCAAGUACAGCAAUCGAGAGUUUAGCUUUUUUUUUUUUUUUUCCUUUUUUGAAAGAAGUGUGACUUUAACCUGCCCGCCUUUAUCUUCCUGUCCGUGUCAUCCUCCUCUCAUCUGCUCAGAAAGAGAAAUGAAAAGCACGGGCGUGUCUGAUUUGGUCCAGGCCGGGCUGGUGGGAGGCUCCCCGGUUCCGCGGACCCCGAAACUCCUUGGUUUCCCUCCAGAGUCCCGCUCCCGAGGCGUUCUCUGUCUUGUGGUUUAAAGGGCGUUGUGAUGACAAGGAACGGUCGAAUUGUACUGCAUGUCCUCUGGCGUCAGGCACGAGGCCACACUUUGUGUUCUGUGUAUUUGCAAACUCUCUCAGUGUUACUGUUGACAAAUAGUUGAAGUAAAGUGAUAACAUAUUAAGUAUGUCAGCUUUUCUUCACCCUCUGUACCAAUCGUAGGAUCUAACUGUAAACUCCAGGUUGUUCCAGAAAAGAUGCAGGCAGGCUGAUUGACACCAGGUCGCCCUUCCCAAAGGGCAGUCACUGAUGGAAACAGAGCCAAGCUGGGUGGAGCCAGCGGGGAGGGUGCCCUCUCUCUGCAGGCCAUUCGGGACCCCCACCUCCAGACUGUCACCGGGCUGGGUCCCUAAAGGGGGGGGGUAGUCUCUCCCCGUGUUUCCAGCCUUCUGCUGGAUUGGGUUCUGGUCAGUGAGGUUCCACCCGUCUUUGUGUUUCGUUUCCAAACUUGUCAUGGAAUAAGUGUUCCCAAAAGGCACACUGUUCCCUGGAGGAGGCUGGAGCCAGGCUGCCCCAGACUCGUUUGGGAAGCAGAUGCUCCUGAAAAGCUUGUGGCCCCACGUAGCCUUCUUGAGGCUGUUCUCUCGGGAUCCCAGCCCAUCCCAGGGUGGCAGCUGUGGGCACCUUUGGUUCACCCCCGGCACAGGGGGUGGGAGGCUGAGCACCACCGGGAUGUGCGUCAUCCUUUCUCACUGUCAAGAUACACGUGGGGCAUUUUGCUCAAGUCACAAGUUAUUUCAGCAGGUGACCCUUAGAGAAAGCAGUUGGUACCAUCACAGAAAUCUUUUCUGGGACAACAAUUAAAUCAUGUUUGUUUUUUCUUUUUAAGUUUAUGAAUGGAUUGCACAACAAUGUAAAAAUAAAGUUCAUCCUAAUAUGAUGUGCACAUCUUGCUUAAAAACAUCCUCAGUCAUCCCGUGUAGAGCGAUUUUUCCAUCUCGCACUGCAUGCAGCAGAAACCUCUUGGUUUUCUUUAAGAUGAGCUGAAAAGACAGCAGAUGUUAAACAUGACCCUAGGUGUUGACUCAGCACUGUAUGAAGCUAUUUCGCUACAGGUAAGCAUGCAUCUUACAGUCCGUUGUAAAAUAUCAUCACCCUUCCUGCCUGAAAAACGAGUCCUUUUGUAAGUAUUUUCAAUACAACAACAAUAAUCCAGGAAGCGGGUCGCAGAAUGAAUCGGCGUGAGGUGAGGGUGGUGAAUGGGCACAGCGCGGGGGGGGGGGGUCACCGUGUGACCCGCCUGCGGUCAUGCCAACGUCGUGUGUGGGACCAUCUCCUCUGGGGCACUGUCAUUCACCUCAAGUCGUUUCACACACUUAGAACCAGGUCUUGAAUGCAGGCUCUUCAGACCUCAAGGGCCACCUUGCUCGCAGGAAGCCCGGCACCCACGAUGUAACUUUGGGGAGGAAAGAAGUGCUUUUGUUUUCCUAUGCGUUCUGUGUGUAAGUAGUAACAGACUCUACUGAUGUAAAACCAUAGCUGUGAUCAUU